AUGCGAAUUCGGGGAGCGCGCAAACGGCUGGACUUAGAGACUUGGCCAGUUUUACGACUCCCUGAACACGCCCUUUGCAUUGUCAGCCUCCUCGAGCUUUCUUUAUCCUGUUGGGUGCCAACUUAUGUCAACUUCGCGGCCUCGCGGUCCUCAGUUGUCAAAGGGCGCGUGCACUGCGCUGCCCGACGAAGCCUUUCCAACGACGCAAGCGUUUAUUGGAGGGCAUCAGUCACCGUCACCGUCAAGGGACUGUUGCUCUUGCGCACGCAGUCGUCGUCUCGGCGGUUACGCAGUUACAGCCAUCGGUUGAAGAGCACUUCCAGCCAGUGAGUUUAUUUGCCUUAAAAUUUUCUUAAAGCUUCGCGACUCUCGCAAACCCCUUGUUUAACUCGCCAAUUCAAAACCACUCGGUAAACGUUAACGUACAUUGUAGUACAUAUCAUUGUUUCUCUCUUUU